CUGUUCACAACCAACCGGGGUUACCACCCGAAGAGACCGAGGAAACUCAAAGGGUUAUGAAGGAAUUCCUCAUCACUCAAUUCAUUAAGCAGACGGGGCGGAAUCAAGAAAAGAUUAAGGAUGUAAUGAGGAAAACAUACCCAUCUCAGAGGAUGGCAAUUUUAAUGCGUGAAUCUCAGCCGAUCGGGGAACUUUUCAAUGACUGGCCCUUCCUCCGUGAAACAGUUCAUUUCUUGGACCAUGCUUCUCAUUUAUUGGGAAAGGAAUCUCUAUACAAUGAAUUUCUGGAAAAUGUGGCAAAGUACUUUACCAUUCAUGAUUUUAUGCAGUACUUCGUCACUGGGCAAAUGAAGAAGUUUAAGGGAAAGACGACCGAAAAAUUGACAACAAUACGUCAAAUAUUGAAGGAUUCCAGAGAUGCUGUACAAUCUCUCAACGAGUCAUUUCCGCAGGCACUUUCACUCAUCCCUUUAGUCCUUACAUACUUCGAUGAAGAGAAUGCAAUAUUUCAAGUGGUAGAGAAAACUACAUCUGAUGAUGACAUUCUCAACAUGGUGUCUAUACCUACGCCAUUGGCUAUCAUCAAAGGGGACUCAGUGUAUUCGAAAGAUGUCAGUUGUCUCGUGUUGAUUGAACAACGCAUCUGCUUCCGUUGUGAUAAGGCGGUCACCGCAGUAUUGAUUGCAUUCCUCUGUUAUUAUGUUUUUGGACUCAAAUACCCGGUGAAGAGCGCAAAAACAUUGGAGUUUAUGCAAAGAGCCUUCGUAGGUAUCAACACUCCAGGAUCAAAAGCUGUAGCUGGUGGGAAAAAAAGGAAACGCGGAGUCGCUGGUGUCAAGCCAUGUGUCAUGAAACUGAUCAACACAUUAACAAACUAUUGGACUCCGAAUGCUGAAUAGGAAGGAAUGAAGGAGAAGAAGAAGAAUUAAGAAUCAAGGGGAAGAAAUUAGAAAGAAGAACAAUUGUGACAAGAGAGCGAGCAUCGAUGAGAACAUUGAUAGAGUUAUCUAGCAUCUAGACAAUGCAACUGGAUUUUCGUUCAAUUUUCGUUCAAUUCCCUAUUUAUUUUUGGUCGAUUGUAUGCAGAUAUUCUCUGUAAAAAUGCAUUGCUUCGAAUUUUUAUCGUUUCGGCCAUGGCCGAUUAUUCUUUCGUUCUAUUACAUCUUAAAUAAUCGUUUUUCUAAAGAACUAGUAAUAGUCAUUCACGUCAUCUGGUGGUAGUAUAUAAAUGAAUAUGAAUAUACUAUUACAUGAGUAUACUAGUAUAUUCAUUUUAUAAUGCAUAUUACAAUAGUAAAUGUGUAUUAUUAUUGUAUAUUCAUAUAUAAUAGUAUAUUUAGUUUAUAAUCCAUAUUAUAAUACUAAAUAUGUUUACUUUAUCUGCGCGGAAAUAGCUCCCUGGCGGUUAAGACGACGGUUCGACGGGCUUGAUUGCACAAAUUUUAUAAAAGCGACUCACAGAAAAAGUAAAAAAAUGAUCGGCCAAUAACAAAUAAAAUUCCUGAUAUAAGUUGAAUAGAAAACCGAUUGUAUUUGCAUAUAAAACUUGAAAUAUUUUCCUAUGAAAUUAUUUCACGUGCAGAGCCACGUUCAUUUCUUGUAAAUGCGUGCUCUGGAAUUGAGCUCCAAUAUCCCAGAAAACUGUCCCUUAAGGCCAUUAAAAAAAAAGUCGAAUCUAUCCUUUAUUCUCAAAGCACUCGAAGAUUAUGUAUUACGCGACCUUAUGAACUAGAAUUUAUGUGUGAAAAUAUACUGAAAUUUCCGGACAAUAUCCCAGGAAA